AUGAGUGCGUAGGUUUUAUUUCGUGUUGCAUGUCAAACUUAAAUUUCUUAAACGGUUUACAUUGUUGGAAACAAUUCAGCUCUAGGUAAUUGGAAUCCCUAGAAUGGAUUUAAAUUGAUAACUAAUUCAGAGUAGUACCCUCUUUGGAUAAACGAAUAGCCUUUGGAAGUUGAGCCAAGUAACUUAAUGUUUUAAUUUAUAGAUUAAAUUCUUGAAUUCAAAAUAGUUAUAUGUGAUGGAAUGAAUUCUUAAUGGGAGAUUGGUGCAAACAGAUUGAUAUAAAUCUCAGGCUAAAAGCUUAUAGUUAUCUUAACUUUUAAUUCACCUUCUCUAAUUAUCCAUAACAUAAGAAGACUAUUCUCAAAUACUGAUUUAACUAAUAUUACUGAGUGUAUUUUUUAAAUAUUUAUAUUUAGCCACUGCAAGAAAGAUUUCAAUCUAGCUACAACAAAAAUUAUAUGAUUCUGAUGAAGACUCAGUAAUAAUUUAAAUCAUAUUGAUUAGGAUCAAGAAAUAGAAAGUGAAGAGAAUUCAUAAUUUUAUGAUGAAGAAACUUCUUUGAUUUCUAAUGAAUAAUGUUAGAGUAGUCCUAAUAAAUAAUCAAAUGAUAAAGAUGAUCAAGUAAACCUUGAAUUUUCAAAUUUUGAUCUCUGA